AUGAUGUUUAGCCUGGGUUGCGGGAGAAAGCUCUGGGCGGGCGGGGCGGGCGGCAAGCGGGCGCAGUGGGCGCAAAUAGCGGCAGCGCGCGUCGCCGAGUCGGCCGAAACUCGGCUCGACGCUCGCUCGGCCAGUCCGCGCCCGACGCCCGAGCGCUCCCGCACGCUCAUCGCCACGCGACCCUAUCAGCUCGCGACCUGCCGCACCGAGAACAUCAAUCGCGCGCAAAGCCUACCACCACCUUCCAUAUAUUUAUCGCUUGAAAUCGUUCUAAGUCGCUCUCCAGUACGGCUUACUAUUCGUGUGUUAACCCUUUGUUGUGAAAUUGUGACUUUCUCACGUAAUCCUGGCCUCAUCAGAGCUGGUGAUCAAAGACUUGGCCAGCACGUGGCUCCAGGAUCGAUAGUGGAUACUAUCCUCUUCAUAGUCUUUUACACCUCAAGGUCACCACGGCAGAUUCGUGGAGUACGCGUGCGCUCUGCCUGGAGCUGAUGAGGCGACGGCGCUUGGCGCCAUGAGCUAGCGGGAAUGGGGGGC